AUGGACAGAGCCAUCCGCUGGUCCCCAUCCUCCACCAAAGCAGAGCAGCGCUUCCUGUCCGUCGACGUAUCAGGCAAAGCAUUCCGCUUGUGCAAAGUCACCUCCUUCGACAAGACCAGCCAAAUCCUAGACCAUGAAGUCCUCUCAACACACUCCAAGGUCCCCGUAUUCCGGGCCUUCGACUGGUCGCCCUUCGACGAGUCUCUAGUCGCGGUAGGGCAGUCGUCCGGCGAUGCAACGAUCCUGCGCAUGCGCGAGGGCGACGACUCGCAGGAGUCGUUCUCGUUUCCUGUAAGACACCAGCGGUACUGCAAUGCGGUUUCAUUUAGCACUCAUGGCCUGUUAGCGGCGGGGCUGGAUAGGGUCCGGAAUGACUUUUGUUUGAAUGUUUGGGAUGUUAAUCAACGGUUGGCGAUGAGGGCGACGAAGGGACAUGUUGAGCCGUUGAGAAAAUUGGCGAGCUCGGAACCUAUUACCAGUGUGAAGUUUUUUAGGGACCAGCCCGACACAUUGGUCACCGGGGUUAAGGGGCAGUUUGUGAGGAUCUAUGACUUGAGAGAGGGACCUGGACUUCCGUCCCUGCAGUUUCCGACGAGAUGCGUGCAUAACCUUGCUAUUGAUUGGCUUGAUGAGAACUAUAUUGCAUCUGGGCUGACUUCCAAUGAUUCUACUAUUUGUAUUUGGGAUCGGCGGGUUGGUGCCCGUCUUUCUGCCGCUGCGGCUCCUCUUGAAAACGGUCAGAUGGAACCAGCGCUUGAAUUCAAGAACGUGACUGCGCCUAAGUCGGCGAUCUGGAGUCUCCGGUUCUCAAGGACGAAGCGGGGCUGCCUAGGAGUACUUUCAAGCAAUGGCCAUCUAAAAACAUACAACAUUGUCAAAGAAUAUGUGGCUGAGGAAUAUCGCUCUCCGAUCGACCGAACGCUCGGGCAGAACUCUGUCAGCAAUUAUCCGGAACAAAUCUACACCAAGUCCGUUCGCGAUGUAUUUACUCCUUUUGAUCACCCUUCGCGUGGGUAUGAGGAGUCCGAACGAGUGGUGUCGUUCGACUUCCUUAACAUGAGCAACUCUAAUGAGUCGAGUGCUCUGACUCUAUCUGCAGACAACAAAAUUAAAAUUGUUACCGUCAAGCCUCCUCCGCCUCCGGUACGGCUAUCUUCCCACGGAACGCUGGUAUGCGGUGGACCUCAUGAGGACUGCAACUUCAAGUCUCUUCGGCCCGUUGGAAAUGAAGACUCCAACAUCGGGAAGGUAGCGAAAGACAUACGAGACCGGGCUUUGAAAAGACAAAAUGCGCAGGAUGCAUCGGGUCAAGGUCGUGCAAUCCUAGAUAACCCUGAGCAACCUCUUUCUAGCAGGGAGGAACGAGAGCGCUUGCUGUCCGUCGGGACUCUGGGUAGUCCUUUGACCGCAGAAGAAGCAUUGACUCUCUUGACAGUGAACAGGCUACGAUGUAAAGAAGGAUAUCUUUUCAAUGAAACGCGGAAUAAACAACUACUUGCGGAUGACCCAUCACUGCAGGACUUCUGGGACUGGAUCGAGCGGGCUCGUAUUGAUUCUUCGAAUGACUCAAUGGUGAUGAACAGCCUGGAUUUGAAUUAUUUGGGUGUAUUUGAUGCCUGGACAGGAGAUUUAGGAGCCAGUUUUGAAGCACGGUGGCUGGGUUCAAGCUCCGGGCACUAUCCAGAUAUCAACGAUACCAUCGUAGAUUUAGUGCAUGAAAAACUUAGUCUGCCCCCAGUUGAAAACCCACCAACACGUUACUCAGAGCAAAGACGCCUCGGGUUACGGAUAUGCGGUGCCGCUCAGUCGCAUCGUGAACUCGAAGAGCUCGUUAAGACCUUGUCUGCUGAGAGCCAGCACACAAAGGCAGCCGCUCUAGCGGUCUUCCAAGACGAGCCCAAGUUGGCAUAUCUAGCCUUGCGGAGCCAUACGCCUACACAGGCGCAUAAGCUCCUUGCAAUGGCAAUUGCCGGCGCCGCGAAAGGCAAGGCAGACCCUGACUGGGAAGAAACCUGUGCGGAGAUUGCAAGGGAGCUUACUGACCCCUAUGCACGCGCAAUAAUUGCGCUUGUCAGCAAAGGUGACUGGCUUUCUGUUAUCCAGGAAUCUACCCUUCCUCUGAAAUACCGCGUCGAAGUCGCUUUGCGCUGGCUUCCGGACGACGAUCUCACUACAUACCUAACCGAAGCUACAAAGCGAGCUGUCCAACAAGGCAAUAUCGAGGGCAUUGUCCUCACUGGGCUCGGUCACUCCGCGAUGGAUCUUUUCCAGUCCUAUAUCAACAAAUUCAACGAUGUCCAAACCCCCGUGCUCGCAAUGAGCCAUACAGUGCCGCGGUUCGUAAACACGGCCGCGAAUAAACACCGCUUCGAGACCUGGCGAGAAGCAUACCGCUGGCAAAUCAACUCGUGGAAACUACAAAUUGAACGCGCCCGGUUCGACGUCGGAUCCCGCAAAUUCGCGGCCACCUGGGACGGGCGCCGACUCAUCGAGCCCCCGCGCCAGCAAGUCAGCUUAACAUGCAAUUACUGCACACGACCACUGACGCAGCACGACGCCUCCUCCCAACUAUCCCCAUCCGCCGGUGGGGAAGUCGUCCACCCCACCCCAGGCAACCCGCUAGGCACAGCCGCCAUGUCCGGGACUAUCUGCCCACGCUGCGGGCGACAUAUGCCUCGAUGUGGUGUCUGCACGCUCUGGUUGGGAUCCCCCGAUCCAAUGUCCAAGGCGUGCGUGGCGGCAGAAACAGGAACAGAACACGGCAAGCUUUCCGAAGGAGAGAUAAUGCGACGGUUUAUUGUUUUCUGUAUUAAUUGUAACCACGGCUUCCAUGCGCAUCAUGCGAGGGAAUGGUUUGGCAGACACAAGGUCUGUCCUGUUGCGGAGUGUAGUUGUAUUUGUGACCGAUAA